AUGCAUAAUACUAAUAGUUUCUCCAUCCAUGAGCCUGGAGUAAGGCAUGUGUUGGCGACGGGUGGCGCUGGCUAUAUAGGUUCGCACCCCGCUCUUUGGUUGCUGAAGGACUCCUUCAGACACUCACCACUGUGGUUAGUACUUUGUUCACAACUCUGCGUUGUUGAUAAUCUUUCGAGAGGAAAUAUCGGGGCAGUCAAGGUUCUUCAGAGCUUAAUUCCUGAGUCCAGGCGACUGCAAUUUAUAUAUGCUGAUUUAUGGGAUCCAAAAGCUGUUAAUAAAAUAUUUGCAGAAAAUGCAUUUGAUGCUGUCAUGCACUUGGCUGUUGUCGCUUAUGUGGGCGAGAGCAUGCUUGAGCCUCUCAGGUACCAGAGAUUUGCUUGUCAGUCUGUAUUAUUCAUCAAAGAUGCCAUGGCGACACACAAUGUGAGAACUCUGAUCUACUCUAGCACUUGUGCCACCUAUGGUGAACCUAAGAAGAUGCCUAUCAGUGAAGAGACUCCCCAGGUGUAUGCCACGAUCAAGACGGGAUCCAUGUCGAUUACCGUGUCCACGCUCGAUUCGUUGCUGGAUUUGAUGGCCGGCGGCAUCCUCUGGUUCACGCACCUUUCCAUGAAGAAGGUGAACAUUUACAAGUAUCCCAUCGGGAAGUUACGGGUACAACCGGUCGGCAUCAUCGUCUUCGCCUCUAUCAUGGCCACUCUAGGUUUCCAAGUCCUGGUGCAAGCUAUUGAACAACUCGUGGAGAACAAGCCCGGCAACAAGAUUAUCAGUUAUGCUUUUUCAAUGGUCGCUCUGUGAAGUGUUAGGAUCCAUACAGCAAUCAAUGAUGGUAUACUCAAUCUGGUUGACAAGGUGUAGAUCACUUGCUUGUUGUUUAACAUGUGUUGCUACAUACAAUUUCUCUCUCUUAGUGCAUUAACAUCUUCUGCACAAUACAGUUCUUUGAGAUGCAAAGGGAUGAUGCUAUUAGAGCCCUGGUCAUAUAUAAAAGGGCAAGCAAUUAGGUUAAUCGCAAUUUUUACUAUUGGACAACUAAUUAUCUCUACAUUUGAUUGGGUUCUACUACACCUGAAGUUUCAGGCAAAAGUGGAUGCUAAAUUACUCAGAUGUUCUUCCUGUACAUAUCAUCAUUUUUGGGUUUUACAGGCAUGAAAACUUUCAGAUUUUUAUGAUACAUGUAUAAGCAUACAUAUUGGGAGUGGCGAGAAUUUGUUAAGAAUUAAACAGCUAUGGAAGAGAGUAUGUGAGAGAAGCUCCCCUUGCUCCAAGAACUCAGGACAGGUUGUUGUACUCGCAAUAGAGUACAUAAGAAAACCAGAAUAGGAGGAAGCAUCAACCUCACCUCCUCCACCAUCGACACAUUCAGAACUAGAACCUGAACCAGAGCCAGGUAAAUAUGGAUGGGCUCAUGGGCAUUGUAACGCAUGACUAAGCUGCGUAUUCAUUACUCAAUCAGCCCUCAAAGUAUCUUUGAAACAAUUAAAAUUUCCUAUUAAUAAAUCAUUGCUCUGUUACAUUACAAACAAACGGAUACCUUACUCCAUAUGGUUUUAACUUUCAUGCUUCAUGUCUCUAAAUUUUUGUCAAUUCCUAUCAUUUUAUUGUUCAAAUGGAUGGCACAGCAACGUGCGCCAUCAUGAUCUGUAUUUCUUGAAACAGAACAGACUUCAGCGACUAACUUUUCAGAUUGUUGUUUAUCUGCAUGGUUCAUGGAGCAAUCUUGGCUGUCAAGAGCUCUGCAUAGUAGCCUCAGUGGGAGGUUAAAUGCGAAGCAAACAUAUAGGUGUACACUUUACGCAUGCUCAGAUCAUCACUGUGGUCGAGAGCUUAGAUUGAAGCAAUCUGGUGUACAACAACAAUUGGCAUAUGCUCAGUGCACGUGCAGUGGGAUUUGAUUCGCAAGGGAAGGGAAGCCAACAUGGUGGAGGAGUUGUGAUACCGCAGAGGAGGCGGCAUGAUGCUUGGCCCAAAUCAGUAAGAAAUCAUUGUGGAGUAGGCUUGAUUUAUACUUGGCUCAAAUUAGUAACAAAUCCACAGAAAUGAGUUAAAUUUCAAGUAUCCAAAUCUACCGGCCCAGCUUCUCCUGAUAUACACUACCUGCCUAAAGCUUCCCUGUUAGAAGGGCUGCAAGUUUGAAACAGCUUAUGUGCAUCUUUUGUAUUAGGUCCUUCCUAAAACUAAAUCAUUGUGGAGUAGGCCUGCCCUCUGGCUGAACCUUCUUCCAGCUUUGUUAUUAUGGAAAA